CCUUCUGUUUAUUGAGGACUCCUUCGGGCUGCAGGGCAUGGUUUGGUGAAGUUUUUUUGGUUUACUAAAUCAGUAGCUGUUCACCUGAGAACCUCAGAUAACAGACCUUUGUGAUGCAAUAGGAGGAUGUAGGAGAGUUAAACCCCACUUUCAUGAAAUUCUCUCCUGAAAUUUACAUGAAAUUGUAGCAGUUUGGACGAUCUUUGAAGGGAACCAAAAGAAAAUAAAGAUUAGAUAAAUGAAGAAGGGAAAAGGAGGAAAAGCAAAUACUAAACCUCAGUGGCUUUUUUCCCCUGCUGUCAUUCCAGCUGUAGCCUGGGAUUAAUUAAGUGUUGUGAACUCAGUGCCUGAGAGAGAGCGGGGGAAAUGCAUUCUAUCUCUAAGGAAGAAGUACAGUAACUGAGAUCGCUCACCAGUGAGGAGUCUUGGGAAGUAAAUCUCUCCUCAGAGUUUGUUGAAAGACUAAAGGGGCAGUGCUGCUGCCUGCCCUGCAGGGCUGGAGAAACCUUCCCUUUCAGUCGCUGGACAUGAUUUUUCUCGUGUUCGUUUUCCCGUCCCCGUGAAGAAGCUCCCUUCUGGCUGCGGCAGCGGCAGCAGCACCUCUGGAGAACAGGGCAGAAUGCCUGUGCUAGAUCGAUGUUUUAACUCGGCAGAGCUGGGCAGAAGGUGGACUCCGCGGGAAGGUCUGCUGCCCUCUUCCAUGGGCAGCCGGCCAGACUAUCAGCAGGGACCAUUGACCUGGGAGCUGCCAGAGAUGAUCAGGAUGGUAAAGCUUGUUUGGAAAUCCAAAAGUGAGCUGCAGGGGACCAAACAAAGAGGGCUUCUGGAAGCCGAAGAUGCUGUCAACAGCUUCUCAGGAGAUGUACGAAUAAGAGGUCAGACAGGAGUUCCUGCGGAACGCCGUGGCUCCUACCCAUUCAUUGACUUCCGCCUUCUUAACAACACAGCACACUCAGGGGAAAUUGGUACCAAGAAGAAAGUAAAAAGAUUGCUGAGCUUUCAAAGAUAUUUCCAUGCAUCCCGGCUACUCCGAGGAGCUAUACCUCCAACCCCUCUACACUUCCUGGAUGAAGAUUACCUGGGCCAGGCAAGGCAUAUGCUCUCCAAAGUGGGAACGUGGGAUUUUGACAUCUUCUUAUUUGAUCGCUUGACAAAUGGAAACAGCCUGGUCACGUUGCUGUGCCACCUCUUCAACACCCAUGGGCUUAUUCAUCAUUUUCAGUUAGACAUGGUGACCUUACAUAAGUUUUUAGUUAUGGUUCAAGAAGAUUACCAUAGCCAAAAUCCUUAUCAUAAUGCUGUCCACGCGGCUGACGUCACCCAGGCCAUGCACUGCUUUCUAAUGGAGCCUAAGCUCAGCAGCUUCCUCACACCACUGGACAUUAUGCUUGGACUGCUAUCAGCUGCAGCCCAUGAUGUAGACCACCCAGGGGUGAACCAACCAUUUUUGAUCAAGACUAAUCACUAUCUUUGCAGUCUAUAUCAGAAUGAGUCUGUGCUGGAGAAUCACCAUUGGCGAUCUACAAUCGGCAUGCUUCGAGAAUCAAGGCUCCUUGCACAUUUGCCAAAGGAAAUGACACAGGAUAUUGAACAACAGCUGGGUUCCCUCAUCAAGGCCACGGACAUCAACCGGCAGAAUGAAUUCCUGACCCACUUGAGAGAUCAGCUCAACAAUCAGAAUUUGAGAUUGGAAGAUGCUGAGGACCGACAUUUUAUGCUUCAGAUCGCGCUGAAGUGUGCUGACAUUUGCAAUCCUUGUAGGAUCUGGGAGCUGAGCAAACAGUGGAGUGAAAGGGUCUGUGAGGAGUUCUAUAGGCAAGGUCACCUCGAGCAGAAAUUCGAAAUGGAAAUAAGUCCUUUGUGUAAUCAACAGAAAGAUUCAAUCCCUAGUAUACAAAUUGGUUUUAUGACCCAUAUUGCUGAACCACUCUUCAAGGAAUGGUCCCAUUUUACAGAAAACAGUCCACUGGCUGAAAAUAUGCUAAGCAAUCUCACAAGGAACCUGGUCAAUUGGAAAAGUUUACAACACACACAACCCAGCAGUGGUGGUGACAGUCAUAGCAACAAGAUCAAUGAGCAAACAGACCAAGGGACUGAAAAUGAAGAGCAGAGUACAAAUGAAGGAGACACUCCAUAAUAGGAGCCCUUCCCUCUUCCCUUUGACACUGCGAUCUUCUCUCUGCUAGUCAGGAUGAAGUUUGAAAUCUCAGUGUGCACAGGGCCAUCGAGAAUAUGAAAGGAAACAGAAUCUCUAAGGGUGUCCUUGUCAAUAAACCCAGACUGUUUCUGGGUUUUUGUUCCUGUGCUCUUUUGAUCCCCUCCAUCCCCAUUUUUCUAAGUGUAUCAAAGCCAUUUGUCACUUCUGAUCAUUAGCUGCUUGAGUGAGGAACUCCGUUCAAUAAGUGCUGAGACUGGUCCCAGGAACAGGCUUCGCAACUAUCAGGGGAAGAUUGGAGAUGAAGGAAGGCAUUCUUGGCCACAAACUCCAUUUGCCCUUGGUCAUACUGUGACAUGCAGCAGUUCAUAGGUCCAGAGCACUGGACAAUUUUUUUAAAAUCUGGCCAUUGAGCUGCACAAUAAACCACCAGCAAAUCUGGAACUCAGAGGACAUUGGUUUUAAGUGUGUGAGCAAAAAGAGGGCAAGAGAAAGAAUCUUUUAUUUUAAUAAUAAUAAUUAUAAUAAUAAUAAUAAACCUUUUUAACUUUUAUAUUCUGUGCACUAGACAAAGGAUCUAAAACUCUGGACUAAGAUUACUCACUCUAUCCAACCAGUCCCAGAGGAGGCUCGUUUUUGUUAAUAAUUUUUAUGCCACUUUACAUUAAGAGACUGGCAUCUUCUCAAUUUAAGGAACAGUCAUUUCCUGUCAGAUCUGCAGGGAAGAUGUUGUACAGUCUAUUCCUUUGCACCAUUAACCAAUCUGUCAUUUUUGAUGCUUCCAUUUCAAUGACAUGUUUAUAUUCAUGCAUGUACAUUUCUUGUAAAUAUAAGGCGCUACUGAUUUCCAUGCCAAAAUCCAUAAGUAUUAUGGGAUUGCUACCUGUAUAAACAAUAGCACUGUGAACAGAAUAUUGUUAGUUUUAAUACAAGAGAAAGCAUUUGUAAAUAUGGUAUAGAGUUUAUUAAUACACUAUUGUUUGCAGAGAAAGGCCUUAACUUUAAUCACCUUUCAUCUUCUGAAAGCUUCCUGAACUCAUGUCCUCUCAACUGCCUUUCCAUGCCCAUCAUUUUCGCUUUUCCCGCUGAGAUCAUAAAACAAAACUGUAUAAUAAUCUUUUUAAGAGAGUUUUUGGAAACUUCACAUGCAUUCCACUCAAGACCAUAGUGUUUGAUCUAUGGCACCUGACAUCACUUUCUCAGAUGAAUGAGAUCCUUCACAAAGCCUGGAGUAAUUUUUCAACACAGCAAUGUUACCCAUUAUAUUUUGACAAGUCAACUGACAUGCUUAUGUUUCUUAAGACUCUUGCUAUGGGCUACGGCAGUCAGCAAUCUUCACAGGAGACUUAGCAAGUUUCCCAGACCACCUAUGACUCUACCACCAUUUACUAAUUUGGGGAUUCCAUGCUUUUUACACCUAUGAAGUUGUCAGUUAUGGCUACAGUACCAAAGUAUGCCUUCAUUAUGGUUUGGAUUCAUUUCUUUGGUCUUCAAGUAGCUGUUUUUUAUUUCUUCAUUUCACAAAAACAUUCACUCCAACUGUUUCAGUUGAAGGGUGUCAUUUAAAAAAAAAAAAAAAGGAAAACAUUUUGUUUUCCUUCAAGUCUUUAUUCUUCCUGUCGAAGGUCACUGGCUAAUUAUAGCUUUGGCUAGAAUAGUCACCUUAAAUUGUUCUUUUUAGUUCCAAUGUAUUUUUUUGCAAGGAUUUGCACGUUAAAUCAAUUAUGGCAUUCUACUCCUCUUGCCAAGUUCUGUGCAUUGAGCUGUGUGGCUGCACAAGUUCUAGCUUAAGUCAUGUUAGAUGAAAAUAAGACUUUUUUUUUUUUUAUCUUUUCAGCAACACUACUGGGAAAAAAAAAAAAAAAGACUAUAUCUGCCAUCACUAAACUGUGUCUGAAUUCCCAGCUAUGGCCAGCUCAAUCUUAUUUUCUAAAAUGCAGUAGUUCCCUCUCGUUUUAUGUAAUGUAAAAAAAUUAGAGAGAUGAACUAGUUAUAAUGAGCUUCUUUGGAGAGAGGUGAGAACCUAGCAGAAUUAUAAGUUUGAUAGAAAAUUUAGGAAUAUGGGAUGUCUUGGUAUCAUAACAAAAGAAACUACCCGGUAGUCUAAUCUAAUUCAAGUUAUGAAAACUGUAUAAAAUGGAUGAAUGUCGCAUUGAAGUUCAUGAAAAAGUUAAGUAUGAGGAGAGGGCACUGUUGCAAAUGUUGCAAAGAGGGCAUUGUUGUUGUUAUUGACUUAAUAACAAUAAUUCAAUGUGUUCUUUACUAUGUCUGGACUUAGUGAGACACUGGUAAGUGAAAGGUUGGAUAGGCUCUUCCUCCCAAAUCUCUCAAGUCUACCAAUUUUAGUUGGAUGUUGUAGAGAAGGCUUCUGAAUAGCCUAUUAUUUAACAUCUUUAAGUUCAUACAAAAAUUAUGGGGCUAAUAGAGAUUUGAAAAGGUGAGAUCUCUUUAUAGCUAGAUAUGUGACUUCUUUGUAUUUAAAAAUGCCUCAUGUUUAAAUUAUAAUUUAAAUAAAUGAAUAAGGUUUGUGGGGUGGUGUUUUUAUUUUUAAUAGUAUCUUGAGUCAUAAAUAUAAACCUUAGAAUUUGGGGCAAGGAAAGAGGAUGCCACAGUUAAAAAUCAUGAACCUGGCUUCCAGAAUAAAGAUUGUGAGCAAAUUGAACCAUGGUGCAUGAGCUAGAUAGCACUGACUGUCAGUUACUCAGUGCCUGCUUGUCUACUUUGUAAAUUCUGUUUUCCUAAUUGCAUGUUGUUUAAAAAUUGCCUAGCAUUAGCAUCUCCAAUAGAAGAUGGCAAAGAAAGGAGGUGGCAAAAUUAAAAUCUCUUCUAAGAUGCUUUUCACAUUAGCUAUUUUCAUAGAAUGCUCCACUCAGAAGGGAAGCUUAAGAAUAUUAUUAGUUACAAGGAAAGUUCUGGAUUCAUUGGAUUUUAUUUGUGCUAUUAGUGUUCCACUCUGCCAUGGUCCAUGAAUCCUCAAAAGCUGACCCUCAUUUCUUUGGAAGAGAGAAAUCAAAAGGCUAGAAAAGCUAAAAGUAAAAUCAAGUUGAAAAAGAACAGCUUGCCAGAUGAGAUUAAUUUGACUGUUUUUCUCUAUUCUGGUAGCAGUGAAGAAAUAAUCGAUCUAGGUAGGCAUUCACAGGCACUAUUCUAAAUUCAAGUGAAGAUUAUGCUCCUUUCCAAAUUUUUUAAGGGACCGUAAUAAUAACCAACUAUUUUGAAAUACCAUGUGAUAAUCCCUAUUACAGUCUGUUUGUAAUGAUAGAUACCUAUUAACUGAGUAACACUUUGGAAUUGACUCAUUUUCGUGAGCUUAGAUCUCACCUAGAUUUAUGAGGCAAAAUACUAAAACAUGCUCCUUUUGAACAAGCUCCUCAAUGGGUACCUUUGAAAUUUCAAAAACAGCAAUUUUGUCCAACCUUGGAUUCUCCAGUCAUUGGAUAUUCCAGAUGAAUAGUGAAAAAUAAAGAUAAUUCAUAUAAAACUUCUAUGCUAUGUAAAUAGUCUACUUCUCACAAACACACUCUUUUCAAAGGAUCAAUUUGUCAGUUUCAUUGGGGAGGCUGCAACUGGAAAAGAUGAUUCCUCAGAUCCUCAAAUUUGAUCUCACUUAACACUUUCUAGCUGUGUGACCCUAGGCAAGUCACUUCACCCCAACUGCCUCAGUAAAACAAACAAAAAACCAAGAGUACUUUUUCCCCAUCCUACACUUGAGAAUCUCCUAUAGGAUAAACAAAACAGUAAGCCAAAUUCCCCACUUAAGAAAAGCUGAGAAAUAAAGGUGCAUUUGAUUAUGCAAUUAUGCCCAAGAUCAUUUUAAGAACUACUUGUUGAGAAUAUUAUUUUGCAUAUCAGAAUCAUAGUCCCCUAAAGAUAACCACUGCCCAAAUCUCUCCAGAAAUUAGAUAGAAAAAAACAUUACACUAUGUGUUGUUUCCUCACAUACCUUGGUGCCUUUCUAUUUAAUCAUUCCAGAUCCGGUUUUUUUUUCCCCCAAACUUUAUAGUCAAAUUUCUACAGAUUUCUUAAAAGAACAAAAAAAUCAUGAAUUGUUUACAAGGAAAAAUGUCUUUUCUUUUACUCUCAGAUAUUCUAUACCAGGAAAUAAUAAACAAUAGUGAAAAUCUAGUGUUCUAAUGUGAAGGUCAGGCAAGCUUUUCAAAAGUGCAUUUGGACCUAUCUGAACCUUGAACAUCUCUGGAGCUAAGCCAAAUGGGAAAAGACAGAUUUGUCUGUCCUUAGAUAUAGCCUGCUAAUAGAGUUAAUGAAGAUAAAGUCUAGCUAAUCAAAACAGCUGAUGUUUUGCUUGUCAGUAGUGUUAUACUGAGCAUGGUAUUGUACAAUUUAACUUCCAAAGAUUCCCAUUUAGAUUACCCUAAGCCUUGAGAAUCUUUAAACUUCUAAUUUAGAAAUAAUUUUUCAAAGAGGCAAUUAACCAUAACAAAAAGAAAAUUUUAAAUGCUAGGCAAAUAGCAGCAAAGAGUUGGAUUUUUCCCCAUUUAUUUUACAUUGGGAAACCUGCCUAGUUAACUAGAAAAGAAAAAAAAUCAUUACCUUGAAUUUAAUUUUUUUAACUUCUUUGUCCAGUUGAUUAAACAAAUCCCUAAAAUUUCUUGCUCAAAUUACAACUAGGAAAAUUAUCACUUACUGGUCUCUAUUCUUGCCAAUGCCAUUGGUCUCCUACAGUAUAGAACACUAGAAUCAAGUAUGAAAAAAAGGCUUUCCCAAAAAAUGAUCUUUUAAAAUAUAAUUAGAAUAUAUUUCAAUAUUUAUGUUAGUGGUAUAUGAACCAAAGCAAUUAUCCAAUUGAGUUAUGUCUUUACUCAGAUUCUCUUCCAUCAUAAGAAAUACUAGAAUAUCUCAGGAACCCCUUGACAACAGGUGCUUGAUGAUUAGAUUGUCUUGAGUACCUCCUGAAUUCCACAUUUACUGUCCCCAAAGAAAGAAUUCAAUUAUACAUGAUAUAUAGUUCUACAGAGACACACAUUUCAAAGAGGCUUCUCAAUGUUCAUUGUCUGUAUGUCAGACUGUAUGUCAGACAGUUGUACAGAAUAAAACUUAUUUUAAAAAUUAUGCUUAGUUAAAAGAAAAAAAACCUAGAAAUGGAGCAAAAGAAUUACUGCUUGUACUUCCUAGACAUACAAUUGAGAAUGAAAAUACUUGAAUACUGACAAUAUAAGGAAUUUUACCCCUAUUUGUCAUUUGAGAUUUUUGAUGGAAGUCAGAUUUUUAGAAGGUUUAGGUUAGAGAUUAUUAUCAAUUUAUAUAUCUCACACAUCCUGACAAUAGCCUGAAAAUUUUUAGGAUAUAGCACUAUAACCCAAUUAACAUUUUGCUUUUGUUUUUAAGGGGUAAAAAAACUCCAAAGAAAUUGGGGAUCCAUCUCUGGUUCUUUGGUAACAUUCAUUCUUCCCUUGUAGUUAAAGCAAGAUAGUCAGUUUAUAUCAUGCCUUUGACAUGAUGAUUUUAGUCAUCAAAUAUUCUGUAAAUGUAGGCCAGGAAAAAAAAAGAGGUAAUUAAGGGAGGGAAUUAGAGAUAUGGGGUCUAAAUUUCACAACUUUAAUUGGAUGCAGCCGAGUUACUUUUUUACAUUAAACAAGAAUUUGUCUCCUUUGUCUUCUGUCAGUAAGCAUCAAAAACAGAGAAAUCUGGUUCUAUUUGUUUUCUGACUUUGCUAAAGACGACUAUGAAUAUAACCCUAGUUGUUUAAAAAAAAAAAAGUUUGGGACACAUUUAUUCAUGUAUAAUGCUACAGUAUCCAAGUUUUCAUUACAAGCAUAUUCAAGUGAGUUCCUGAGUAUGAAAGCAUCAGUUGCUAAGAUGCACUGAACUAAAAACUAUGUAAUUAAUAUAGAUGAUUUUUUUGAUCACCAAAGGUAAGCAGUUGAAAGCCCAUCUGAAUGAUGAGAUAAAAGACAAGUCAUCUUUUCGUGGAAAAGAUAAAAACAGCAAGAAUGCUGGCAUGUUAAAUCACUUCUCUCAUGUUUAAAUAAAGGAAGUGUAUGUCAUGUCCUUUAAUAUUUCUAUUUAGCCAACAAAGAAGAUGAAAUUCACUAUUCUUUCUAUGAGCAAGUAUGUGUGUAAUUUUUUUCAGCAGUAGAUAAAUGAAAAGAAGUCCUAAAUGAAAGAAGUUUAGAAAGAGCUUUUUGGUUACCAAUUUCUACCUCCCUCCCACUUUUUCACUUGAAAUCAAAUUUUUCUAACACUCAGAGUCAAUCACCAAGCUUAUGAGAAUUUCAGUACUAAUGAGAAAGUCAUGCAUAUGGGAAGAAAAAAGUCACUUAUAAAAAAAAUUUAAAGUUAGUGUUUGCACAGUUGUCAUCAGUGUGGGAAUCAAUUCCAUAGGGAUUUCAUUAUUAAUAAAAACAAACUAAAUUUAUUUUGUGGUCUCAAGAGAAACCAUAGCUUUCAAAAUAAAUGGAGUUUGGAACACAAAAAAAAGUUAGCUGAUGGGAUUUCAAAAGUUCUCGAUCUUAAAAAAAAAAAACAACAGAAAAAACUGGACAGCUUUUCAAAUUCACGGUGCUCUCAAUCAAUGAAAUCAUUAAAGCCUAGUGGAAAAAUAUAGUUUAGAUAGAUCCUGUGGAAACAGGAAAACCAUAUUGUGACAAAAUUCUAUAUGGUAGGCUUAGUUCAGAUGCUUAGGAAAAGACCAGAAAAAAGUUUCUCCAUCUGUUAAGAUAUGAAGUGUCCCAAAAGUUUUUAUGCAGCUUUAAAAUUUAUUAAGUAACUCAGAAGUAUAAAUACUACAAAUUUUCAAAAAGAACAUGUUAAAGGUUAUUUAAAAUUUUUAAAUACUUAUAUGAUUCUUAUUAAAAUUCAACAUAACUGUCUUGUGUCAUGGUUCUAGGCAGUUUUCAAACUGUAAAAACUCUAAUUGAACUUUGUAAAAACUAAGUGAAAUAAAAUUUAAUUUUCAAAUGAUAUUUUUGUAUGUUUGUGGCAUAUACUUCUGAAGUUAUUAAAACUUAAAUCUGCACUAAGAGUUUUGGGAUGCCUUAUAUCACAUGAGGUAGUAUAAUAUAAUGGAAAAAGAGCAUUCAAUUCAUAGCCAGAAGAAAUGAACUCAAAUCUCAGUAUAGUUCAGUAUAGUCUGCAUGAUCUUGGACUUGUCACUUAAUUCCCCCAAUCUCAGUUUCCUUAUUUACAAAAUGGUGUGGAGAGGAUUAGAGGGGAAAGAGAAUAAAGACUAUGUAACUGAUAACUAAGGCCCUCUUCUAAUUAUAAAUCUUAUGUAAAUAAAUUCAUUUUAGAGGUCUACAAGGGUUUAGUAACAAAAAUAUUUUAUUUCUAAAUAACUCAUCUACAUACUUCCAAAGUUUUCUUUUAACUCAAAACUCAACAGAAUAUCGUCUGCCUUAAUAGCACAUCUGCAAUUAAUAUGAUUUAAUCAACAUUCAUUCAUCCCCAAAUAAUAACUUAUAAAAGUAAUAAUAAGUCUCCCAACUAUGGAGAGAGGGUAUUCCAUAUGAAUGGAGAUUUCUCAAAACAACUCAUUGAAAGGGGAUUGAACAGAAUAAUAUUAUUGGAUUCUUUUUCUGUUAUAUUCUAUAUCAUAAAACAAGUAGUGAGAAUGAGAUUAUUUGACUAGAGAGUUCAUAUACAGCUGGGCUUUGAAUCAGGAAGACAAAUUCUGCCUCCAACAUUUAAUUAGCUGAACGAUCCUGACCAAGUCACUUAAUCUUUCAAACUCAGUUUCCUUAUCUGUAAAAGGAAGAGGUUGAAGUUGAAGGUCUCUAGUCUCUUUCAGCUCUUAAAUGCAUAAUUCUGUGAUUCUAUGAACUACUGCAGGGGUCCUCAAAUUUUUAAAUAGGGGGCCAGUUCACUGUCCCUCAGACUGUUGGAGGGCCGGACUAUAGUAAAAACAAAAACUUUGUUUUGUGGGCCUUUAAAUAAAGAAACUUCAUAGCCCUGGGUGAGGGGGAUAAGCAUCCUCAGCUGCCGCAUCUAGCCCACGGGACAUAGUUUGAGGACCCCUGAAUUUUUAAGGGCUAAUAUGAUAACUUCAAUAUUUCCAAAAUCUCAUAUCUAUUGAAGGCAUAAUUGCUCUUUUUUUGUUAUAAAUUUAUUAUUUAUUCUUCAUGUAAGGUAGUUGGUCCCUCCUCUCAGAAACACAUUAUCCAGAAAGGAACAGAGACCCCUCACAUUUGUAAUACUCUGGCAUAAAUAUUCGAUACAUGAAAAUUUCCCGUGUAAAACAUAAAAGAUCUGACCAGAAUUAAAAUAAAUUAUCGAAGUGUUUUCAUUUAAA